AUGGCUUUCUUCGAGGCAUCUCGACUGCCCCUAUAUAGUAACAUCUACAGCUGCACUACCCUAGUGGGUAACUGGCACGAGGAGCGUCAUGAACCUCAGCAGAGAGCAAGGUACGGUGAGGGGUUCUUCUCGGAAUCGUCCCUACUACUGCCGAAUCCCAACUCGAGGACCUACGUCACUACCAGCAAGCAUUCAGCAGAGGAAGGCCUGGGUGUCGAUAAGAAGCAGCAUUCUCUUAAUAAGGAGGACCUCCAGGCCCUCCUGUCAUCAGAACCAGCAAGUGACCUAUUGGGAGGGGCAUGUCGAUAUGAUUCCGACAUUAGUACUACAUCUAGGGACGCUUAUGGUGACCCUAGGGCCAUCACCGACCCGGCCAAGGGCGACCAUGUGCCUAGCGAGGAGCUGGAGGAGUAUAGGAGGAGGUGGACGAGAGGUAUGGAUGGGGAGGAGGAGACUGGUCCGUUUCGAAAGGAAUAA